CUGCUACCUAAAAGUGGAAAAAUACUGACAGUAACUUUGUUUUCAAACACUAAUUCUUAAGUGAGUUUGUAAAUAAAUGAUGUCAAUGAGAAAAUGAUUAGUCCAAUGACAAUUUUAUCAUACUAUGAGAAGGAUAAGACAUUUCCAAUACUAUGCUUGGAAAGAUGGUGGUGUGAAUGAGAUCAACAGUGGGAGCAGGGUAAGAACCUGUUUAAAUGUGGAAGAAAUACAAAAUUUCUAGAUUUUACUAAGACUAUCAAGGAUCGGACAAUAACACAUACUCAAUCUAGAUGAACACAAAGAACAGGAGAGAGAAAAUGCAAAGAGGAAUAUUGGCUAGAAGUUUAUAUGAAUGACUCCAUAAGCACUACCUUAAGGAGAUAUAUAUGGCUCAGUUUACUAUAUAUAGUUUUACUAGAUAUAACCAUCUACUGUAUAUAAUUAUCUACCAUAUAUAGCUUUACCAGAUAACCAUUGCGUACGUUAUAAAUAAGUAGCCGACUCCAUAACCUAACAUAAUACCCCCUAACAACAAGCUAACUUAGGCCUAACAUAAUACCCCUCAGGAAUCAUUUUGAAUAUAUUCAAAAUUUUGGGAGUUACAUUGGCGUAACGUAAACUAUAUAAUCAAUUAGAACUACUUUGGCCUCUAUGGUGGAAUUAGUCUGGGGCCUGAGAGGCGGUGGUUUACCCUAUGGCGGAUGUCUGAAUUGCUUCAAUCAAAGAGAUAGUGAAACCCGAGUGAAAGAGGGGCUUGACACAUUUCCUAUAGGAUUUAAAUAUUUGGUGGUAAUACUAUUCUACCAAACUCAAUAUACACCAAAUCAUGUUUACUUAUUUUCAACUUGAGUGGCAGUUCUUACCUGCCUCUGGGUUUCUUAUCCUUAUUUGCUCGGGUUAGACGAUAGAAGAAGAAAGGCAGAUGGAUUUGGCUAGUGAGUGGGGUAGCAAAAGCACUCACAGGAAGUCUUGAGUGUCAUUGAUUUCACAAUCUUCAAAUUAAACCCGAUCUUACCUGAUAGAACAGAGAAUGAUAAAGCUAUUGGUUUUGAAUUUUAAGAUUCCCAUGGUCCUGUCGUGUAGCCUUUACAAUCAAUCUCUUCUUUACACAUUCCCCCUGAUAUUUUUGGCAAAUAUCAUUCUUGAAAGAAACAAAUUUUAAAUGAGCAUCAUGACCAAAUAUGACCUGUAUCAGCCUUGUAAUAGAUACUUUUAGUAGUUAUCUAACUUGCCAAAGAAUGUCUAUAUAAUGGAAAGAUCCCAACAAUGCAAAUAAACAAACCGAGUUGGAGAAUAGCUGAAGCAGCAGCAUAAGGCUCACUUCGUAGCUUACAUUCUCUACCAAAGAAUGGAUGAAAAACAAAGUUUGACAGUUUCUGAUGCUGUGGACUACAAAGGGUUUCCGGCAAACCGAUCUAAAACUGGUGGUUGGGUCCCUGCUGCUCUUAUCGUAGGGAUUGAGUUAUGUGAAAGACUUUCAACAAUGGGAAUAGCUGUCAAUCUGGUGACUUACUUGGUGGGAACAUUGCAUCUGCCUAGUGCAACUUCAGCCAACAUUGUCACAGAUUUCAUGGGAACAUGUUUCCUCCUUUGCUUGCUUGGAGGUUUUCUAGCAGAUUCGUUCCUUGGAAGAUACAAGACAAUAGCAAUCUUUGCCUCAAUACAGACACUGGGAACUGGAACUCUAGCAGUAAUAACAAAGCUACCACAAUUACAUCCACCUCCUUGUGAUCCUAGUGCCAGCCACAACUGCAAGCAAGCUAAUGGAUUUCAAAUGGGAAUGAUUUAUUUGCCUCUGUACAUAAUAGCUCUGGGAACUGGAGGUCUCAAAUCCAGUGUUUCAGGAUUUGGGACCGAUCAAUUUGACGAGAAAAAUGACAAAGAGAAGGCUCAAAUGGCAUAUUUCUUCAACAGAUUUUUCUUGUUUGUCAGCAGUGGGACUUUGCUAGCAGUGACAGUGCUUGUUUACUUGCAAGAUGAAGUGGGACGCAGUUGGGCUUAUGGAAUUUGUUCUGUUUCAAUGUUCACAGCAGUUUUGAUAUUCCUGUGUGGUACUAAGAGGUAUAGAUACAAGAAAAGCAUGGGAAGUCCAAUAGUUCAUAUCUUCCAGGUCAUUGUUGCAGCAAUAAACAAGAGGAAGAUGGAACUUCCACACAAUGAUGCUAUGCUAUAUGAGGAUCCUGCUGCAACAUCAACUGUUGAUCACACAAAUCAAUUCCAACUUCUGGACAAGGCUGCAAUUGUGGCAGAGGGAGAUUUUGAGAAAUCUGUAAGCUCAGCUCACAAUCCAUGGAAGCUCUGCUCCGUAACAAGGGUAGAGGAGGUGAAGAUGAUGACGAGGCUCCUACCAAUAUGGGCCACAACCAUAAUCUUCUGGACUACAUAUGCCCAGAUGAUCACUUUCUCAGUGGUGCAGGCAUCGACCAUGGAAAGAUCUUUAGGGGCUUUCCAAAUCCCUGCCGGUUCUCUAACUGUUUUCUUUGUGGCAGCCAUAUUGAUCACGCUGACCUUUUAUGACCGUCUUGUCAUGCCUCUUUGGAAGAAGUGGAAAGGGCAACCAGGUUUUACAAACCUACAGAAGAUUGCCAUAGGACUUAUCCUGUCAACUUUAGGAAUGGCAGCUGCCGCUUUAGUCGAGAUGAAACGACUCUCAGUGGCUAAAGCUGUGGGUAGAUCCACAGGAACCUUGCCUUUAAGUGUGUUCUUGCUGAUUCCUCAAUUCUUCUUGGUGGGCUCUGCAGAAGCUUUCAUCUAUACUGGCCAGCUUGAUUUCUUCAUAACACAAUCCCCAAAGGGAAUGAAAUCUCUGAGCACUGGCCUCUUCCUCACAACUUUAUCACUUGGGUUUUUUCUUAGUAGUUUUCUGGUCGCAGUUGUGAAGAGGGUGACAGGGAGCAAGGAUGGACAGGGAUGGCUUGCAGACAACAUAAAUUAUGCUAGGUUAGAUUGUUUCUAUGGGCUUCUAGCUACACUGAGUGCCAUAAAUUUUGUAGCAUUUUUAGUCUGUGCAAUAUGGUAUAAGCCACAGAAACCCAAACAAGUUCUAGCGAUGGAAACUACUACAAAUGAGGGAUCUGCUGCUGAGAAAUGCUAGUCAACUAAGCUAGAUUUUGGGUUUGUUCAGCUUUUUCUUGUAUUGCACAUUACUCCAGAGCGUGGAUUGAUAAUGAUUGGCAAAGGAAAGAGUGGGCAUAAAUAAGAGCUCUUCAUUGACCAGGGAUCAUUUUAUAAGGAUAAGAAGAUCCCAAUUUCAAUGGAUAUUCUCAUGUUGAAUUUGCUAAA